AUAUAUAUAUAUGGGUUUGGGUAACGUUCUCCCCCGAUAAACGACUGUGCCAUUUCUGUAACUUCUGGGUUUCGCCAUUGAAGAGUGAGAAAUAACUUAAAUAAGAGGGAACAGAGGAAAACCACACUCUGUAUUUAUAUAUAAAUAUACGUAUAGGCUUCUGUGUUUGUGUAUAUCAGAUAUACAGAGACAGGGAGGUUGUAUGUAAUGCUGGUCAGAACACAACUAUCUUUUACCUCGCACGCGGCGGCACUGUGAGUUCUUCCCGGCGCUUGUCGCAGAUGGGCGGCGGCGGGAUGUGGCGGUGGCGGUACGACCAUUGUGCGGUGUCGUCGGCGUUUGGGUUCUUCCUGGCAGCCUUUCUCGUGCUGGGGUCGGUCGUCAGCUUCUACGCUUGGUUAAUCUUCCCCCCUCACGUCCGUCCGACUCUCUCGCCGCUCGGCUGUCAAGACGACGGCGAGGGUUCCUGGUCGAUCGGCGUGUUUUUCGGCGACUCGCCCUUUUCUUUGAAACCUAUUGAAACUGCGAACGUAUGGAGAGAUGAGAGUUCGGCCUGGCCGGUGGCCAACCCGGUGGUGACCUGUUCUUCAGCUUCAGAUGCUGGGUUCCCUAGUAAUUUUGUUGCCGAUCCUUUCCUUUAUGUGCAGGGAGAUACCCUUUACCUAUUUUAUGAAACCAAAAACUCAAUCACAAUGCAAGGAGACAUUGGAGUUGCAAGAAGUAUUGAUAAGGGAGCAUCGUGGCAACAGUUGGGCAUUGCUUUAGAUGAAGACUGGCAUCUCUCAUAUCCAUACGUCUUUGACUACAAUGGGCAAGUAUACAUGAUGCCGGAGGGCAGCGCAAAAGGCGAUCUCCGUCUGUACCGAGCAGUGGAAUUUCCUUUGAAAUGGACAUUGGAGAAGAUCAUCAUAAAAAAGCCCCUGGUCGAUUCAUUUAUCAUAAAUCAUGAUGGAAAGUACUGGCUUUUUGGUUCAGAUCACAGUGGUAUUGGCACCAAAAAGAAUGGACAGCUCGAAAUCUGGCACAGUAGCUCACCUCUUGGUCCUUGGAAAGCACAUAAGAAAAACCCUAUUUAUAACACACAUAAGAGCAUGGGGGCUCGCAACGGGGGCAGACCAUUUGUGCACAAUGGGAACCUCUAUCGCGUUGGUCAAGACUGUGGUGAGACAUAUGGACGUCGAGUGCGUCUCUUCAAAGUGGAAAUCUUGACCAAAGACGAGUACAGAGAAGUGGAAGUGCCACUAGGCUUUAGAGAGCCAAAUAAGGGUAGGAAUGCAUGGAAUGGUGCUCGGUACCAUCACCUUGAUGUGCAGCAGCUAAACUCAGGGGAGUGGAUAGGUGUUAUGGAUGGGGACAGAGUUCCCUCUGGAGAUAAUGUUCGUCGGCUUAUCCUGGGCUCUGCUUCACUUAUAGCCGUUGCGGCACUUGUUCUACUAAUAGGUAUGCUACUUGGUGCCGUGAAGUGCAUUGUCCCCUUGAGUUGGUGCCGCCACAAUAUGGGAAAGAGAAGUGAUGCCUUAUUGGCUUGGGAGAGAUCUAACUUAUUUUCUUCCAAACUACGACAAUUCUGUAGUCGCUUGAACAAAACAUGUUCUCUCCUACGGUGCAGGAUGAAACAAAAUACGUGUGUUGGGAAGUUGGUUCUCACUUUCUUAUUUGCUAUUGGAGUGGCACUGAUGUGUUCCGGGGUGAGAUAUAUCUAUGGAGGCAAUGGAGCGCAAGAACCAUAUCCAUGGAAUGGCCAAUAUUCCCAAUUCACAAUGGUAACAAUGACAUAUGAUGCCCGGCUCUGGAAUCUGAAAAUGUAUAUCAAGCAUUAUUCAAGGUGUUCUUCGGUGCGCGAGAUUGUUGUUGUAUGGAACAAAGGAAAACCUCCAGAAGCGGAUGAGUUUGAUUCAGCAGUACCGGUGAGAAUCAGGGUAGAGAAGCAGAACUCGCUGAACAAUCGAUUCAAGGUGGAUCACAUGAUCAAAACCCGGGCAGUUCUGGAGCUGGAUGACGAUAUCAUGAUGACUUGUGAUGAUAUUGAACGAGGCUUUAGGGUGUGGCGCGAGCACCCUGACCGGAUUGUGGGGUUCUACCCCCGGCUAAUCGAUGGGAGGACGCUCAAGUACAGAGGGGAGAAACAUGCCCGGACUCACGAAGGGUACAAUAUGAUUCUGACAGGGGCGGCUUUCAUUGACAGCCAGUGGGCUUUCGAGAAGUACUGGAGCGAAGAAGCCAAGGCCGGGAGGGAAGUGGUGGAUAAGUACUUCAACUGCGAGGAUGUGCUAAUGAACUACUUGUAUGCCAAUGGAAGCUCUUCAUCCGGGACAGGGACAGGGACAGGGACGGUGGUGGAUUAUGUGAAACCGGCAUGGGCCAUCGAUACAUCAAAGUUUUCGGGCGUUGCUAUUAGCCGGAACACGCAAGAGCAUUACAGGAUCAGGAGCAAUUGCUUGAUGACGUUUGCACAAAUGUACGGCAGUCUGAUAAGCCGGAAGUCGGGAUUCGACAGCCGGAAGGACGGUUGGGAUGUGUAGCCAAAAUAAACAAAGGCUAUGUAGGAUUGAUUUGAUGAAACAGCAGCAGGAGUGUAGUUUUGUUUGAUUUCUGGGUACAGAUUUUGGGAUUUAUAUAUAUAUAUAUAUAUAUGCGCUGUGCUGUGCUGUGCUGUACUAUAGACUCCCUCUAUUCCUACUCCUCUUCCUCAGCUUAUAUAUAGAUAUAUAAUACUCAUUUCCUAUAGGUCAUUUGGUGGGAAAAUGUACAUUAGUUUGGAAUACAAAUGCGUUUCCAAAUUUACUCUCUUUAUACUAAUUGUUCAGUUUGGAAAUU